AUGGCCUACGUGCUGCCCAAGCUGUACGUGAAGCUCCAUUACUGCGUGAGCUGCGCCAUCCACAGCAAGGUGGUUCGGAACCGUUCCCGGGAGGCCCGCAAGGACCGGACCCCCCCGCCCCGCUUCCGCCCGGCUCUGCUGCCGCUGCUGCUGCUCCGCGCCCCCGCGCCCGGCUCCGCGCAGGCAGUGUGCGCGGGGACGCUGAACGGGCUGAGCGUGACCGGGGACGCGCAGCACCAGUACCAGACCCUGCACAAGAUGUACAACAACUGCGAGAUCGUCAUGGGCAACCUGGAGAUCGUCCUCAUCGACCACACCCAGGACCUCUCCUUCCUCCAGACCAUCCGGGAGGUCACGGGCUACAUCCUGAUCGCCAUGAACGUGUUCGCGGCGCUGCCGCUGCAGAACCUGCGCGUGAUCCGCGGCACGCAGUUCUACGAGGAUCGCUUCGCGCUCUUCGUGCUGCUCAACUACAACCCCAACGCCACCCACGCCCUGCGACAGCUGCGCCUCCACCGGCUCACGGUGGGGAGGGUCCCCAAGAUCUCCAUCCCCUCCCUGUGCUCCUGA